CUCUGCGCGAUUGAUUCAAAGUUCUUCGAACACGCAUUCUCUGAGUCUCGCUUGUUUGAAUUUUCUUUGUUCUUCUUGUUGGUGUUGUGUAAUGGGAAUCUGAUCGGACGUUGAAGAAAGGAGGAGGCGGAGGAGGAGGAGAGAAGAAGAUGUUGGAGGAUCAAGUGGCGUUUUUGUUGCAGAAGUACCUAGGGAACUAUGUGAGGGGACUCAACAAAGAGGCCCUCAAGAUCAGUGUUUGGCAAGGGAAUGUAGAGUUAACAAAUAUGCAGUUGAAGCCUGAGGCACUCAAUGCAUUAAAGUUGCCUGUGAAGGUCAAGGCGGGAUUUCUAGGAUCUGUGAAACUUAAGGUUCCCUGGAGCAGGCUUGGCCAAGAUCCAGUUUUGGUGUACCUGGAUCGAAUUUUUUUAUUAGCUGAACCAGCAACUGAAGUUGAAGGAUGCAGUGAGGAUGCUGUCCAGGAAGCUAAGAAAAGCCGAGUGCGGGAAAUGGAAAUGAAGCUGUUGGAGAGAGCACAACAGUUGAAGUCAGAAAUGAACAAGUCAUGGGUGGGAUCCUUGAUCGGCACGAUAGUUGGAAAUUUGAAGCUUUUGAUUUCAAAUAUUCACAUCAGAUAUGAAGAUCUUGAGAGCAAUCCCGGCCACCCAUUUGCAGCUGGCAUAACCUUGGAGAAGCUCUCAGCUGUGACUGUCGAUGAUAAUGGGAAGGAGACUUUUGUUACUGGGGGUGCGCUAGACCGUAUCCAGAAGUCUGUUGAACUUGAUCGUCUUGCACUUUAUUUGGAUUCUGAUAUUGUUCCAUGGCAUGUGGACAAACCAUGGGAGGAUUUGCUUCCUUCAGAGUGGCUUCAGAUAUUCAGAUUUGGUACUAAGAAUGGCAAACCAGCUGAUAGUCUUAUUAAAAAGCAUAAUUACAUUCUGCAACCGGUUUCUGGGAAUGCGAAGUACACAAAGGUGCGGCAAAAUGAAUUUGCUGGUAGCACUCAGCCUUUGCAGAAAGCAGCAGUAAACUUGGAUGAUGUGACGCUCUGUCUAUCAAAGAAUGGGUACAGGGAUAUUUUGAAGUUAGCUGAUAACUUUGCUGCCUUUAAUCAACGGUUGAAAUAUGCCCAUUACCGUCCAAAUGUCCCUGUGAAAUCGGAUCCGAGGUCUUGGUGGAAGUAUGCUUUCAAAGCCAUUUCUGACCAGGUGAAGAAGGCAAGCGGUAAAUUGUCAUGGGAGCAGGUUCUGAGGUCUGCAAGAUUGCAGAAGAGAUAUAUAUCUAUGUAUGCUUCACUGCUUAAGUCUGACCUCAGCCGGGCUGUAGUUGAUGACAACAAAGAAAUUGAGGAAUUAGAUCGUGGACUUGAUAUUGAACUCAUACUUCAGUGGAGGAUGUUGGCUCACAAGUUUGUGGAGAAAACAAUAGAAUCGGAUGUUAACAUGAAGAAACAAAAAGCAAAGAAAUCUUGGUGGUCAUUAGGAUGGAACAGCCAAUCUUUUAAAGAUGAAGCUGAAUCAUUUAAAUUCAGUGAGGAAGACUGGGAACAGUUGAAUAAAAUUAUUGGGUAUAAGGAAGGUGAAGAAGGGCAGUCAUUUAUCCUUAAUGACAAGUUGGAUGCUCUUCAUACCUCCUUGGAGGUGCACAUGGAACAUAAUGCUUCAAAGCUUCUUGAUGAGGCCCUGGAUUGUCUUGCUGAAUUAUCAUGUGAAGGACUUGAUUGCUCCAUAAAGCUUUAUCCAGAGACAAAAGUUUUUGACGUGAAACUAGGGUCAUAUCGAUUGUCAUCCCCAAGUGGUCUCCUUGCCGAGAGUGCUACUACUUAUGAUUCAUUAGUUGGUGUCUUCUGCUAUAAGCCAUUCAAUAGUAAGGUGGACUGGAGCAUGGUUGCUAAAGCUUCUCCAUGUUACAUGACUUAUCUGAAGGACUCCAUUGAACAAAUUAUCAAAUUUUUUGAGAGUAAUACUGCUGUUAGUCAGACAAUAGCAUUGGAAACUGCAGCUGCUGUGCAGAUGACAAUUGAUGGUGUCAAGCGCACUGCUCAGCAACAAGUGAACCGUGCACUGAAGGAUCAUGCCAGGUUUUUGUUGGACUUGGAUAUUGCGGCUCCCAAAAUUACCAUUCCUACUGAUUUUCGUCCUGACAAUUCUCAUUCAACAAAACUUCUUCUUGAUUUGGGAAAUUUGUUGAUUCGUACACAGCAGGAUAACCAUGAAGGUGGAUCACCUGAGAAGGUCGAUAUGUAUUUGCAGUUUGAUUUGGUUUUGAGUGAUGUAUCUGCCUUUUUGGUUGAUGGUGACUACCAUUGGAGCCAAAAUCCUUCCAACAAGAAUGAUGUUUCUGCAGACAUAAGUGGUGUUAGUUUCUUGCCCAUUAUUGAUAAGUGUGGGGUAAUUUUGAAGCUUCAACAGAUUCGAGUAGAUAGCCCAUCCUAUCCCUCAACAAGACUUGCUGUACGGCUGCCAUCAUUGGGGUUUCACUUUUCUCCAGCUCGGUAUCAUCGAUUGAUGCAAGUAGUGAAGAUCUUUCAGGGGAAGGAUGGCGAGGACUCGGAUUUCCUACACCCUUGGCAUCAAGCUGACUUUGAAGGGUGGUUGUCCCUUCUUACUUGGAAGGGUGUGGGAAAUAGGGAAGCUGUAUGGCAGCGGCGAUACUUAUGCUUAGUUGGGCCUUUCCUCUAUGUACUCGAGAGCCCUGUCUCUAAGUCUUAUAAGCAGUGUAUCAGUUUACGAGGAAAACAGAUAUAUCAAGUUCCACCUGAGUUUGUUGGUGAUGCAGAACAUGUUGUGGCUAUUUGUAAUACAGCACGAUCCAACAGCAAGGUUGUGGAGGAUGCAAAUGCAUUAAUAUUCCAAUGUGAGUCUGAUGAUUCAAGGAAAUCUUGGCAAAGCCGCUUGCAGGGGGCUAUUUAUCGUGCAUCGGGUACUGCUCCAAUCACUAGCUUGUCGGAAACUUCAUCAGACCCGGAGAACUCAGAAGCGGAACUUAAUGACAAACAUGAUGUAAUUGAGAUAAUGAAUUUGGAGAGGCUAUUUGUUACUGGUGUUCUUGAUGAACUAAAGGUUUGCUUCAGUUAUAGUAAGCAGCAUGGCCAAAGCUUCAUGAAUGUGCUUCUUGCUGAAGAGACUCGUCUAUUUGAAUUUCGGGCGAUAGGUGGUCAGGUUGAGCUUCUGAUCAUAGAGAAGGAUAUGUUCAUCGGGACUGUGCUGAAAUCUUUGGAGAUUGAAGAUUUAGUUUGCCGUAACAGAGUGUCUCGUCCUUGUUUUCUGGCGAGGUCAUUCAUUGGGAGUGCAGACGCAAAUUCAUCCUUCUAUGAUGUUAAGGAUCAGAACUUUGACGGCAAUGACAGAACUCCAAGUGAAGGAGAUGAUAAAUUCUAUGAGGCACCGGAAAAUUUGAUUGAUUCUGUUCACUAUCCAAUGCAGUCACCAAGAAACAAAUCUGAGUAUCCAGGCUCCCAAAAUUUGCACCGAUCUGAAAUUUUAUCAUUGAAGCCCCCAAGUUUUAGCCGUAUUGCUGGUUUACUCCCUACCGAUGCAUUUCAAACUAGGAGGCAGGACAUUGAAUUAACUGAUACAUUGGAUAGUUUUGUGAAAGCUCAAAUAAUUAUUUAUGACCAGAACUCUCCUCGAUAUAGUAAUAUAGAUAAUCAGAUCAGAGUGACCCUGGCUACCUUGUCAUUUUUCUGUCGUCGAACAACAGUUGUUGCCAUUAUGGAAUUUGUUAAUGCUAUUAACAUUGAGGAUGAAAGUUGUGAAUCUUUCUCCGACAGUUCUUCCGCAGCCAUCAUGAAACAAGAUGUUGUCAGGGAAGAUGUGGUUGAUGAUAAAUAUUCAGUGACAGUUGAGGAGCCUGUAAUUAAAGGUUUGCUAGGAAAAGGGAAAUCCAGAAUCAUGUUCAAUUUAACACUACAUAUGUCACGUGCUCAAAUUUUGUUGAUGAAUGAAGAUGAAACGAAGUUAUCCAGUCUGUCACAAGAUAAUUUGCUGAUGGAUAUUAAGGUGUUCCCAUCAUCUUUUAGCAUUAAAGCAGCCCUUGGAAAUCUGAGAAUGAGUGAUGAUAGUCUUCCAAGCAGCCAUAUGUAUUUCUGGGCCUGUGAUAUGAGAAAUCCUGGGGGCAGUUCAUUUGUUGAGUUGGUUUUUACUUCAUACAAUGUCGAUGAUGAAGACUAUGAAGGUUAUGAGUAUAGCCUUUCUGGUCAACUUUCUGAAGUACGAGUCGUUUACUUGAAUCGAUUUUUCCAGGAGGUGGUUAGUUAUUUUAUGGGUCUUGUUCCGAACAAUUCAAAAGCUGUUGUCAAAUUAAAGGAUCAAGUAACAAAUUCAGAGAAGUGGUUUACAACUAGUGAAAUUGAAGGAUCACCUGCUGUAAAGUUGGAUCUUUCUCUUAGGAAGCCUAUUAUAGUAAUGCCUCGGAGGACAGACAGCCUUGAUUACUUGAAGCUUGACAUUGUUCACAUAACUGUCAAGAACAAAUUUCAAUGGUUUUGUGGACAUAAAAGUGAAAUGAAUGCUGUGCAUUUGGAAAUAUUAACAGUUCAGGUUGAGGACAUCAAUUUAAACGUUGGUACUGGAACAGAACUAGGUGAGAGCAUAAUUCAAGAUGUGAAGGGUAUUUCUAUUGUCAUUCAGAGGUCACUCCGAGACUUGUUGCAUCAAAUACCAAGUACUGAAGCUGCAAUCAAGAUAGAGGAAUUGAAAGCAGCUCUUUCGAGUUCGGAAUACCAGAUUAUCACCGAAUGUGCUCUUUCUAAUAUUUCUGAGACACCACAUGUUGUGCCUCCACUGAAACAUGAUUCUCAGACAUCAUCAGUUGAUGUAAUAGAACCCAUCAUUCCUCAGGAUACAGUUGGUGUUGAAUCUGAUACUGCAUAUGGUGAAACCUGGAUUGUGAUGAAAGUCUCUGUUACCAUAAAUCUAGUGGAAAUGAGCUUAUAUAGAGGAUCAACAAGAGAUGCAUCUCUGGCUACUAUGCAGAUUAGUGAUGCAUGGCUACUCUACAAGUCCAAUACACUAGGAGAAGGUUCUCUGUCAGCAACACUAAAGGUUUUAACUGUUAUUGAUGAUCGUGAGGGGACCGAACAAGAGUUUAAGCUGGUGAUAGGAAAGCUAGAGAGCCUUGGUUCUAGCCCUCUACAUACUGUAACUUAUGAUGAAAACCAGCGCCUAGUUGAUGCAACUGUUUUUGGAGAGAGUGAUAUUAAGCCAGUUCCUACAAUGCUUAUUCUUGAUGCAAAGUUCAGUAAGCUGUCAACAUUCCUUUCCUUAUGCAUCCAAAGGCCACAAAUGCUUGUUGCGCUUGAUUUCUUGCUGGCUGUGGUUGAGUUUUUCGUUCCAUCUGCUGGUAACAUGCUGUCAAAUGAAGAAGAUAAGAACUCUAUGCAUGUAAUUGAUGCAAUCAUUCUGGAUCAGUCAACUUUCAGACAACCAUCUGCUGAGUUCUCUCUCUCUCCUCAAAGACCUUUAAUAGUUGAUGAUGAAAGGUUUGAUCACUUCAUUUAUGAUGGCAAUGGUGGAGUAUUGUUUUUGAAAGACAGACAGGGAUACAAUCUCGUAGCAUCUAGUACAGAGGCUAUAAUAUAUGUUGGAAAUGGGAAAAAAUUGCAAUUCAAAAAUGUAGUGAUCAAGAAUGGGCAGUACUUGGAUUCUUGUAUAUUUCUUGGAUCAAACAGUAGCUAUUCUGCUUUGGAGGAUGAUCAGGUCUACUUGGAGGAAGAGAAUGAAGUUCCCCAUUCUAGUUCUUCAAGGGAAAGUAUCAAUGAUGUACCAUUGCCAGAUAUUGUAGCUGAUAGGUCCACAGAGUUUAUCAUUGAGUUGCAGGCUAUUGGUCCAGAGCUGACCUUUUACAAUACAUCAAAGGAUGUUGGGGAAUCACCGAUUCUCCCCAGCCAACUUUUGCAUGCGCAACUGGAUGCAUUUUGCAGGCUUGUUUUGAAGGGUGAUACUGUUGAGAUGGGUGCAAAUGUACUUGGCUUGAGUAUGGAGAGUAAUGGAAUCAGGAUAUUGGAGCCUUUUGACACCUCAAUUAUGUAUUCAAAUGCUUCUGGAAAGAUCAGUAUACAUUUAUCUGUUUCAGAUAUAUUCAUGAGUUUUUCAUUCAGCAUCUUGAGACUGUUUUUAGCAGUUGAAGAGGACCUUCUGGCAUUUUUAAGGAUGACUUCAAAGAAAAUGACAGUUGUCUGCUCCCAAUUUGACAAGGUUGGAACAAUAAAAUAUCCGUACAGUGACCAGAUAUAUGCCUUCUGGAGACCUCAUGCACCACCUGGUUUUGCAGUUCUUGGGGACUAUCUGACACCAUUGGAAAAGCCACCUAUAAAAGGAGUGCUUGUUGUAAAUACCAACUUUGUCAGAGUUAAAAGACCAACAUCUUUCAAACUGAUUUGGUCACCUUUAUCUUCUGGGAACAUUUCUGGUCAAGGGAUAAAUAAUUCUGACAUGACACCAAAUGGUGUCAGCAGUCAAGGAGAGAGCAACUGUUCAAUUUGGUUCCCAGAGGCACCCAAAGGUUAUGUUGCAUUGGGCUGUGUGGUUGCCCCUGGAAGAACACAGCCGCCACUAUCUUCUGCUUUGUGCAUAUUGGCUUCUUUAGUUUGUCCUUGUUCCCAGAGGGAUUGUAUUACAAUCAGCACCACUGAUAGAUCCUUCCCAAGUAUGUCAUUCUGGCGUGUGAAUAAUUCUGUUGGCACUUUCUUGCCAGCAGAUCCUGCUAUUUUUGGCUUAACAGCUAAAGCAUACGAUUUGCGUCAUAUGAUAUUUGGGUUGUCCGAAGAGUUUGCAAAAGCAUCCAAAAGUUCAGAUUCCCAAGGUUCCCCUUCGGUUCAUACACAAAUCCAACAAUCAGGAAGAUCAUCAAUUAUAAACUCUGGCCGGCGUUUCGAAGCUGUUGCUAGUUUUAGAUUAAUAUGGUGGAAUCAAGGCUCAAACUCAAGGAAGAAACUAUCCAUAUGGCGCCCUGUUGUCCCGCAAGGGAUGGUAUAUUUUGGUGAUAUUGCUGUUGAAGGGUAUGAGCCUCCAAAUACUUGCAUUGUUCUUCAUGAUGAUGAAGAGCUUUUGAAAGCACCUCUGGGUUUCCAGCCUGCUGGGCAAAUCAAGAAACAGAAAGGAAUGGAGAGUGUAUCUUUCUGGCUACCUCAACCUCCCCCGGGUUUUGUUUCCUUAGGUUGUAUUGCAUGUAAGGGCACCCCAAAGCAGCAUGAAUUCAGCACAUUGAAAUGUAUGCGCAGUGAUAUGGUCACUGGGGAUCAGUUUCUGGAGGAAAGUAUAUGGGAUACAUCUGAUGCCAAGAUUACAGAGCCAUUUAGUAUUUGGCUGGUUGGUAAUGAGUUGGGAACCUUCAUUGUCCGUAGUGGUUUUAAAAGACCUCCAAGAAGGUUUGCUUUAAAGCUUGCAGAUUCCAGUGUACCAAGUGGUUCAGAUGAUACUAUCAUUGAUGCAAAAAUUACAACAUUUUCUGCAGCACUCUUUGAUGACUAUAGUGGCUUGAUGGUGCCAUUGUUGAAUGUAUCUUUUAGUGGAAUAGGAUUUGCUUUGCAUGGAAGAACUGACUAUUUGAGUUCCACUGUUAACUUCUCCUUGGCUGCACAAUCGUAUAAUGAUAAGUACGAUUCUUGGGAGCCUCUUGUUGAGCCAGUAGAUGGGGUUUUAAGGUAUCAAUAUGAUCUCAAUGCUCCAGGUGCAGCUUCUCAGUUACGUCUUACCUCAACUAGGGAUCUAAACUUAAAUGUUUCAGUGUCUAAUGCAAAUAUGAUUAUUCAAGCUUAUGCAAGCUGGAAUAAUCUUAGUAACGUCCAAGAAUAUCAUAAAAACAGAGAUGCAUUUUCUCCAACUUUUGGUGGAACAUCUAUCACUGACAUCCAUCACCGGAGAAAUUAUUAUAUAAUCCCACAAAACAAGCUUGGCCAGGACAUCUUCAUUAGAGCUACUGAAAUAAGGGGACUUUCAAAUAUAAUUUGGAUGCCAUCCGGGGAUAUGAAGCCUGUAAAAGUUCCGGUUUCCAAAAACAUGUUAGAUUCUCACUUGAAAGGAAAACUUUGCAGAAAAGUUAGAACAAUGGUGACAAUUAUUAUACUGGAUGCACAGUUCCCAAGAGUUGAAGGCUUAAGUUCUCACCAAUAUACGGUUUCAAUUCAUCUGACUCCAGAACAAAGCCUCUCUACUGAAUGGCAGCUUCAUCAACAGAGUGCACGCACAUGUGGAAGCAGUUCAGAUAACUUGUCUUCUGAUCUUGAAUUGGUCAACUGGAAUGAAGUAUUUUUCUUCAAAGUUGAUUCACCAGACCACUACACUUUGGAACUAAUUUUGACAGACAUGGGGAAAGGUAAUCCGAUUGGAUGCUUUUCAGCCCCCCUAAAGCAGAUGGCAGGAAACAUCCAAGAUGGUUCACAUUCACAUGAUUAUGUUAAUAAAUUGACCUUGAUUGACUUGUCAUCAACAGAAUCUAUGAGUGAUAAAUGUGAAGGCUCAUGCGGGAGAAUAAGAUGUGCUAUACUCCUGUCACCCAGAUCUGAAGUUGACAACAGUAAUCAACCUGCAAUUGGUGACAGAAAAUCUGGGCAUAUUCAGAUUAGCCCAAGCAGAGAAGGGCCUUGGACUACUGUGAGGUUAAACUAUGCUGCACGUGCUGCUUGUUGGCGGUUUGGCAAUGAUGUUGUUGCCAGUGAAGUAAGUGUCAAAGAUGGGAACAGAUAUGUGAAUAUUAGGUCUUUGGUUUCAAUACGUAACAAUACAGAUUUUAUACUUGAUUUGUACCUUGUAUCCAAAGCUUCCACUGAGAGAAUGAGACCACAAGAUGAUGCAAGUAACCCUAAAUGCUUACAAAUUGAUGGUAACAGAGUUCAAACAGAUGAGUAUUUUGAAACGGAAAAGUAUGACCCAACCAUUGGCUGGGUUGGGUGCUUGGUUCAAUCUAGGCAAGAUAUUUCAGAAGGCGGAAGCUCCCAUCAGGCAAUCUCUGGAGUUGAGCUACCAUCUGGUUGGGAAUGGAUUGAUGAUUGGCAUUUGGACGAGACAUCUAAUAAUUAUCCUGAUGGUUGGGCUUAUGCACAAGAUGUUCAAAGUCUAAAAUGGCCUGAUUCUCUUGAUACUUCGAAGUUUGUGAACCAUGCAAGGCAAAGGAGAUGGAUCAGAAGUAGGAAACAGAUAUCAUUUGAGUUAAAGCAGGACAUAUCUAUUGGACUAUUGAAACCCGGAGACACUGUGCCCCUUCCUCUCUCUGGCUUGUUGCAAUCUGGAAUGUAUGUCUUGCAAUUAAGGCCUUCUCAUCCUACGAAUUCUAAUGAGUAUGCUUGGAGUUCUGUAGUGGAUAGGCCUGGUGAACUAGAGGAUUCUGAUAACACAAAAGUAAGUUCUGAAAUAUGUUUGUCAACUCUUAUUGAGACCGAGGAACUGUUAUACUGCACCCAGAUAAGUGGAACUUCAUCAAGUGGUUCCCAUAAAUUGUGGUUCUGCUUGAGCAUACAUGCGACAGAGAUUGCGAAAGACAUUCAUUCUGAUCCUAUUCAGGACUGGACUCUUGUCGUAAAGUCCCCAUUGUCUAUUAGCAAUUUUCUUCCCCUUGCAGCUGAAUAUUCUGUUCUUGAGAUGCAACCAAGUGGUCAUUUUGUUGCCUGCUCUAGAGGAAUAUUUGGUCCAGGAAAAACUGUAAAGGUUUACAGUGCUGACAUAAGAAAUCCUUUGUUUUUUUCACUGCUUCCGCAAAGAGGAUGGCUGCCUAUACAUGAAGCUGUUCCUAUAUCUGAUCCUCAUGGAGUUCCAUCCAAAACAAUAAGUUUGAGAAGUUCAAUAUCUGGAAGGAUUGUUCAAAUCAUUCUUGAACAAAAUUAUGACAAAGAACGACCAUUGCUGGCAAAGAUCAUUAGAGUCUAUGCUCCUUAUUGGUUUGCAGUUGUUAGAUGUCCCCCACUUACAUUCAGGCUUCUAGAUUUGCCAGGAAAGAAACAUACAUGGAAGUUUUCUUUUCCUUUUCAGUCUAAGAAAACAAAUGAAGUAUUAUUUGAGGAAAUAACUGAAGAGGAAAUAUUUGAAGGUCAUACAAUAGCUUCUGCUUUGAAUUUUAAUACAUUGGGACUUUCGGUGUCUAUUGCUCAAUCUGGUGAGGAACGGUUUGGACCUGUUAAAAAUCUUUCUCCCCUUGGUGACAUGGAUGGAUCAUUGGAUCUCUAUGCAUAUGAUGCUGAUGGCAAUUGCAUACAGCUUUUUAUUUCUACAAAACCAUGCACAUAUCAAUCUGUUCCUACGAAGGUCAUUUCUAUUCGACCAUUCGUUACAUUUACAAACAGACUUGGCCAAGACAUGUUUAUUAAGUUUUGCAGUGAAGAUGAACCAAAGGUUCUUCGCACGUCUGAUUCAAGAAUUUCCUUUGUACAUCGUGAAACCGGCAGUUUAGAUAAACUUCAGGUCCGACUAGAUGAUACCAAUUGGUCAUUUCCUGUUCAAAUUGUAAAAGAGGAUACCAUUUGCCUGGUUUUGAGGGGGCAUAAUGGUAAUAGGAGAUUUUUGAGGACAGAAAUUCGGGGCUAUGAAGAAGGAUCACGUUUUAUCGUUGUAUUCCGUCUUGGACCAACCAAUGGUCCUAUCAGAAUUGAGAAUAGAGCACUUGGCAAAAUAAUCAGCAUUCGCCAGUCUGGAUUUGGUGAAGAUGCCUGGAUUCAGCUGCAACCUCUUUCAACCACAAAUUUCUCUUGGGAGGAUCCAUAUGGCCUAAAAUUUAUAGAUGCUAAGGUUGUUGGUAAUGAUAGCGGUAGCAUAUGGAAACUUGAUCUGGAAAGGACCGGGUUAAUUUCUGCAGACGAACCAGAACUAGGAUUGCAGUUCCUAGUUGUUGAAAUGGGUGAUAUCAAGGUUGCCAGGUUCAUGGAUGACAGGAAAUCGGGGUCAAGUUCUCAUAAAGAGAUUAGGUAUCCAUCGCAUUCUGGAAUCUUUGGAAAUAUUCACAUGCAGAGCAAGAAGCAAAACAAUGCUGCACCUAUAGAGAUUAUCAUCGAACUGAGAGUUUUUGGGGUUUCUGUUAUUGACCAUAGACCUAAAGAGCUUUCCUACUUGUACUUGGAGAGAGUUUUCAUGUCAUAUUCAACUGGCUAUGAUGGUGGGACAGCCAGCAGGUUCAAGCUGAUACUGGGUCAUCUGCAGCUUGACAACCAACUCCCACUAACAGUAAUGCCAGUGCUCUUGGCACCUGAUCAGACCCCUGAUGUGAAUCAUCCAGUAUUCAAGAUGACUAUUACAAUACGCAACGAGAGUCCUGAUGGCAUCCAGGUGUACCCAUAUGUUUAUAUACGGGUAACCGAGAAGAGUUGGAGGCUAAAUAUUCAUGAACCAAUUAUUUGGGCAACGGUGGAUUUUUACAAGAAUCUUCAGCUAGAUCGUAUACCCCAAAGUUCAAAUGUCACAGAAGUCGAUCCUGAGAUACGUAUCGACCUAAUUGAUGUUUCAGAAGUGAGGCUGAAGGUGUCACUAGAGACAGCACCAGCUCAGAGACCACAUGGGAUUCUAGGAAUUUGGAGCCCCAUAUUGUCAGCUAUUGGAAACACAUUCAAGAUUCAGGUGCAUCUGAGGAGGGUGAUGCACAGAGACAGAUUCAUGCGUAAAAGUUCCAUUAUUCCUGCGAUUGGAAACCGAAUCUGGAGAGAUCUAAUCCACAAUCCUUUACAUUUGAUAUUUUCUGUGGAUGUUCUUGGCAUGACAAGUUCAACACUGGCUUCUCUUGGUAAAGGAUUUGCGGAGCUUUCAACAGAUGGGCGAUUUCUGCAACUACGUACAAAGCAGGUUACAUCAAGGAGAAUCACCGGGGUGGGUGAUGGAAUCAUUCAAGGAACUGAAGCUCUUGCACAAGGAUUUGCUUUUGGGGUGUCUGGAGUACUGACAAAGCCUGUGGAGAGUGCCAGACAGAAUGGUCUACUAGGACUUGCCCAUGGGCUAGGACGUGCUUGCCUAGGAUUUGUUGUACAACCUGUGAGUGGGGCACUAGACUUUUUCUCAAUGACUGUCGAUGGAAUCGGUGCAAGUUUUUCCAAAUGCUUAGAGGGUUUCACUAGUACGACCACGUUCCAGAGAAUCAGAAACCCAAGGGCUAUCCACUCAGAUGGUGUGCUUAAAGAGUAUUGUGAGAGAGAAGCCAUUGGACAGAUGAUAAUGUACCUUGCUGAAGCAAGUAGUCAGUUUGGCUGUACUGUAAUAUUCAAGGAGCCUUCAAAAUUUGCGUGGUCUGAUUAUUAUGAAGAACAUUUUUCUGUGCCUCAUGACAGAAUUGUUUUAGUGACCAAUAAACGAGUCAUGCUGCUACAGUGUCCGGCUUGGGACAAGUUGGAUAAAAAACCUUGCAAGAUCUUGUGGGACGUGCCAUGGGAAGAGCUCAUGGCUGUAGAAUUAGCAAAAGCAGGAUGCAACCAGCCUUCUCACUUGAUCCUCCAUCUCAAGAAUUUUAGGAGAUCGGAAAAUUUUGCCCAUGUCAUUAAGUGCAAAGUUGAAGAUGAACCAGAGGGAAGAGAACCCCAGGCAGUUAGGAUCUGUUUAGUAGUCCAUAAGAUGUGGAAAGCAGCAUCUGACAUUAAAACCGUACUUCUAAAGGUUCCUUCAAGCCAGAGAUACGUGUGUUUUUCUUGGAGUGAAGCUGAUGGGAGAGAACCACGUACUUCAAACAAAGCAAUUAUAAACUUGAGGGGGCUCUCAUCAGAUAGUUCUGCAUCUAAUGAGAGAAGAUUUGUCAAACACAGUGUCAACUUCGUAAAGAUCUGGAGUAGUGAACAAGAAUCAAAAGGGCGACGCAGAUUGUGCAAAAAAAAGGUUUUGGAAGAUGGUGAAAUGUGUAGCAUUUGGAGACCUAUUUGCCCGGAUGGGUAUGUCUCUGUUGGGGAUAUUGCUCGAGUUGGUAGCCAUGCUCCGACUGUUGCUGCUGUCUAUCGUAACAUUGACAGAUUGUUUGCACUUCCAGUGGGUUAUGAUCUGGUGUGGAGGAACUGCUUAGAUGACUACACAACUCCAGUGUCGAUUUGGCAUCCCCGGGCUCCUGAGGGAUAUGUUUCUCCAGGAUGCGUUGCUCUUGCUAGUUUCACAGAGCCAGAACCUGAUUUAGUCUACUGUGUCUCAGAGUCACUUGCCGAGGAGACGGUAUUUGAAGAGCACAAGAUUUGGUCUGCGCCAGAUUCUUAUCCAUGGGCUUGUCAUAUUUAUCAAGUUCGGAGCGACGCACUUCACUUUGUUGCUCUUAGGCGUAUCAAGGAAGAAUUGGAUUGGAAACCCAUGAGGGUUCUUGAUGACCCAAAGCCUCUGUUGCAAUCUUUGGAUGCUCAGUGAGUUUGUCUUCCUCUUAGGAUUGGCCCCUUUGGAUUCGACUGUAAUGGAAAGACCUUUUUGCCCAUGCAUCUAGUUUUGUUCGGUUUGUACAGUAGUAGCAUUUCUUCGGUCUUGACCUUUUCGGCUUUGGUAUAUAUUACAGUACAUUCAACCAGAGGAAUAAUUCACCCUCAUUAAGAUUUCACACUCCGCCACCGCCGUUUUUCCUGUUGGAGAGCCGGUAUUUGGCCGAUUAAUGAACACUGUUUUUCCAGAGUGCCACACUGCCAUUGAUGCUCAUGAACACUUGUACAACGAUUUUGGUUAAUAAAGAGAAGCUUUUUGAGACUCUA